CGUGCGUUUACCUCAGUUGGAGUCUCCUGGCUGUAGCGGUGAUCCCCGGGUCUUUAGGUGAAAUGUAUACGUCGCUGCUGAACGUGAAGCAGGCGAUCAGUGUUGAACAGAAGCUGAUCGAUUAUUUGAGAAUUUACAUCGACCACGAGUCCGAGCGACUGGAGGACAUCAAGCGCUUUUAUGACAAAGUGUCAGACCUUCACACUGAACUUUACAAAGGCCCGGCAGCCGCAAUGGCAAACCCGCUGGCGGCAUUCACCCUGAUCAAGAGGCUGCAUUCAGAGUGGCAGAAUGUAGUCAACAGCAAUGAAGCCCUGGAGAACUCACAAGCCCUCAGGUCGAGUUACAAGGCGGAAGAGGACGAUCUGCCCACACUGGAAGACCUCCAGGGAGCCGCCAAGGGGCUGAUGAGGCUGCAGGAUGUGUAUGCUCUUCAGGUUGCGAGCCUCGUUAGGGGUCGUUUCCAGAGAGUCACUGAUGGCAGGCCUACUGAUGUCUACCUGUCCACAGUGUCUGUCCCGCUGUCUGGUGAUGACUGCUUUCUGGUUGGAAAGGUGGCCUACGAGCAGGAAGACUACUACCACUCAGUGCAGUGGUUGGAGGAGUCGGUGCGUCUCUUCAGGGGAACAGGAGGCGAGUGGAGCCCUGAGAAUGAAGGGACUUUAGAGGACGCUCUGGAUCACCUGGCCUUCUCUCAUUUUAAAGUAGGAAAUGUCUCAUACGCUCUCAGUUUAUCUCAGGAGUUACUGCAUCAUGAUCCAAUGAAUGGAAGGGUUUUGCAGAAUAUUGAGAAAUACGAGAAGCUGCUGGUUUCAAGUCCGCCGAUAUCAAUGAUUGUAGAUGGGCUGAAGAGACCCACCUCCAAUCAUUUAAGGACCAGGGACACUUACGAGAGGCUCUGCCAGACACAAGGCUCUAAGCCAAUGCAGUUUAAAAACCCCAAACUUUUCUGUGACUACUUCACCAACGGGAAUCCUCAACUGCUACUUCUGCCGGUAAGACGUGAAGUGCUGAGCCUGCAGCCGUAUGUGGUCGUGUACCACAACUUCAUCACUGACACGGAGGCUGAGGACAUCAAGAGGACCUCCCAUCCAGGAUUGAAACGAUCUGUGGUGGCAGCAGGAGAAAAACAAGCAACAGCAGAGUAUCGCAUCAGCAAGAGUGCAUGGCUGAAGGGCUCAGCGCACUCCACUGUUGGGAAGCUGGAUCACAAGAUCUCCAUGCUCACAGGUUUGAAUGUGAAGCAUCCAUAUGGCGAGUACCUCCAAGUAGUUAAUUAUGGGAUUGGUGGCCAUUAUGAACCUCACUUUGACCAUGCUACAUCGCCUUCGAGUCCCGUGUUCAAGCUGAAAACUGGGAAUCGAGUGGCAACCUUUAUGAUAUAUCUCAGCUCUGUCGAGGCAGGUGGGUCCACAGCCUUCAUCUAUGCCAACUUCAGCGUUCCUGUCAUGGAGAAAGCUGCCAUUUUCUGGUGGAAUCUCCAUAGAAACGGUCAAGGAGACGCAGACACGCUACAUGCUGGCUGCCCCGUACUCAUUGGGGACAAAUGGGUGGCAAACAAAUGGAUCCAUGAGCAUGGCCAAGAGUUCCAACAUCGCUGCAGCCUGAAUCCUGAAGAGUGAGGGUGUAGAGCGAAAGCUGGGCCCCUUGGAGUACAAGAGCCAGCCUCUACAAUUGAGAGGCAAACUUGCAGGCACAGGGGAGGAGGUACGCGGAGAAUGAGCUCACAGGCAAGGGAGGUGAAAGCCGCCGUGAGACAGCCUGCAUCUGUUAUUGGAGCCCCAGGCCCCAGGCAUCCUGGAGCUCACGGUGCCGCACUGGACAUGGAUAGCACAAGACUGAGAGGCGCGGUAGAAGAGGGCUGUUGGCAAUCAGCCCCCAGAGGCCAAACGCUCUCUUGCUCUUACUGGCCAAUUCUUGCAGAUGGAGGGAGGCUUCUGCACACUGUGCUGGUUUCAGUUAACUGUGUUUGCAAGGCUGUUUGCCUUUCCUGCUGGCUUAACAACUGACAUAUGCAGCCCUUUUCCUACAUUGGGCACAUUCCAGGGUCUGUCAUUACAAAUCAACACAGCUGUACUUUGUGCAGACGGUCAGAACUUUAUUUAGAAUGUGUAGAAGUUUACAAAGAUAGCAAACAUGCCUGAAUCAUAGUGAAAUGUGUAUAGAAUGACGCACAAGGCAUCUUUCAUUUUCUCGUUGAUGUAAUGGGA